AUGAGUACAAAGAAACAAAAAAGAGAAUCAACAUUUGAUAAGAAGAGAAAGUUUGAAGAUGACUCUACUUCUGUAGUUGCUGCAGCUGAAACAAGUGCUGUUACUUCUAAAGCAAUCAAAAUAGAGCCAGUAGAUUUAAUUAGAUCGCUAGAGAAAGAAGUACUCGAAUCAUUGGAUAAUACAAAUAAGAUAAUUGAAAUCAUUGCUAUUUGUAAUAAAGAAGAGAACAUUCAAAACUUGGAGAUUAUAUUCCAAACUAUUAAAUCGUUGGAACGUAUUUUCAUUCAAAGAUUAGAUUCAUCAAACGAUUUACUAUGUCAAUACUUUAUUGAAGAGUUAAAUAAUCUAAAUAAUAAUAAUACAAAAGAGAAUACUGAUAAUAAGAAAAAGAUAAAUAAUAAUAGUAAAACAGCAACAAAAAAGAAUAGCAAUAAGAGUGACGAUAAGAAUGUAGAUGCUUUCAAAUUAUAUACAAAGUGGAUUUUAGAGAUCUAUCAAUCCUAUUUGAAACUUUUGAGAAGAUUGAUUCGCUAUGAAGAUCCAUCGAUUCAGAUUCCAACGUUGAACAGUCUUUUCGCAAUGUUGACAGUGCAGUCAAAGAUCUUUGGUCAGCAACGUCAGAAACAGGUCGGUGAGAACAAGUCGGUGCCAGCAGGAUUCUACAACCGUUUGGCAGAGCAAUUCGUUCGUGCCAACCUGUUGGAACCACUCAUCUACAACGUUCACCUCAAUUCCAAGUUGAUCGAACACCUCCAAUCGCGAUUCAUUCAGUAUCACGACGUUCAACACUCACUGAUGUCCGCGAUGACCACAAUGAUUCAACGAUCGAGUGUCGAUACUGCCGGUGUCGUCGCCAGUCACUACGAAUUCAAAGAACCGACAUUCACCACCAACAAGUACGUAGAGAACAUCUUUGAUUUGCUCGUCGUCUUUGAGGUGAUGGAGGAGGUGCCAGCCGAGUGGAAGUUCCUCGUUGGUGAACCGAUUGCAUCGAUGAUCAAAGACGUCAAGACAAUGAGAAAGAAGAACAAAGAGAAGAGAAGCGAUGCCACUCUACCAACUGCCACGGAAUUCACCGAGCAACAAGAUUAUUGGAUUAAAGUAACAACCAUCUCAUCAUACAAACAGAUCUUUGGUAAACUUUGGUUAGCAUUCCUUAGUUUACCAUUACCAAAUUCAAUUUAUAAACAUGUUUUACUAGGUUUACCAGAUCAAGUUAUGCCACAUCUUUCAAACCCAACACUUUUAAUGGAUUUCUUCUCAAAGUCAUAUGAUCUAGGUGGAAUUCAUAGUAUUUUAGCAUUGAAUGGUCUUUUUAUUUUGAUUCAUAAAUAUAAUUUAGAGUUUCCAGAUUUCUAUAAAAAGUUAUAUUCAUUGUUCCAACCAGGUAUCAUCUAUGCCAAGUAUCGUAGUAAAUUCUUUAAUUUGGCAGAGUUGUUUUUGAGUAGCAACUAUCUUCCAAACUACUUGGUUGCUGCCUUCCUAAAGAGAGCUAGCUAUCUAUGUUUGAUCACUCCGCCUUUCGGUAGUUUAAUUCUAUUGCCAUUGAUAUUCACACUUCUCCAAAGACAUCCAAACUGUCAUUCACUCAUUAACAAUAUCACUGCUACCGCUAAAUCAAAUACUUUCAAUUCAAAAUCAGGAUUGUUAAUUGAAUCCGAUAGAAAGAAACAAGUUACAGCAUUAUAUGGUGAAGAUCCUUAUUUGCCAAUGGAAGCCGAUCCAGCCAAGUGCAAUGCACUCAAGAGUUCACUUUGGGAGAUACAGUUAUUGCGUCAACACUACUUCCCAGAGAUUAGAAAGUUAGCAACACUCUUUGAUGCCGGACUCAAAGGAACUGUUAGCAGCUCUGACUUUGCAUCGAGCACCUACCAAUCGUUAUUCGAAAGCACCGCAAAGAAGACUGGAUCAGUACCUUUGGAAUUCAAUAACUUUGAACAUCUAAUCACCGAUAAGAAAGAUGGUUUCGAUGCUCUUUGGAAAUUCUAA